AUGUCCCUCAUCACCGAUGACCCCGACCACUCCCCGCGGGACUGCGCCACCAAGCGCCGCCACCACCACCACCACCACCACCACUCCGGUGGCUGGCGCCAGCGACGGCUGCUGAUCGCGGCGGCGUCGGGCGCGGCGUCGCUGCUGGCACUGUGUAUCAUCCUCUGGCUCACCCUCCGCCCCUCAGCUCCGCGCUUCACGCUGCUGGCCGCCACCGCAACCUCCUCCAACGCAAGCACCGGAGGCGGCCUCGUGCGCCUCGACGCGGCCCUCAUGGCGCACAACCCCAACGCGCGAGCCGCCGCGCUCUACGACGGCCUCCGGGCGCGCGCCUCCUACGCGGGCUUCCAGCUCGCCACCGCCGGGCCCCUCCCGCCGUUCCAGCAGGCCCAGGGCGAAGCCGUGCUCUCCGCCUCCCUCUCCUCGGCGGCGGAGGCGACCGCGGAGGAAGCAGCCGAUGGACGGUCACCGGCGUUGCUGAGGCUGCGCAUAGAGGGGCGGCUCCGGUGGAAGGUGGCGGCCUGGGUGUCCGGCGAGUGUGCCCUCGCCGCCGAGUGCGUCGCCGUCGCGGCGCCGUCGCAGCUCAGGGCCGUCGUCGUGCAGGGCACCGAGUGCGCCGUCACCAUCGAAUGA